AUGACGAAGAACGAUUACGAGACCUUCAAGCUGGGAGAUUGGGAGCUUCAGAGCGGGGAGAAGCUGGUCGACGCCUACAUCGCAUUCAAGACGUUUGGAGAUCCCAAGUCGCCCGCCAUUGUUUACCCCUCCUGGUUCUCAGGCCAGAUCUCCGACAAUCUCUGGUUGAUCGGAGAGGACAAAACCCUUAACCCCAAUAAAUACUACAUAAUCAUCCCCGCACUCUUCGGGAACGGCCAGUCAACAUCGCCAUCCAAUUAUCCCAUUCAAGGGCCCUUCCCAAAAUGCUCCAUCUACGACAACGUUCGCGCUCAGCAUAUGCUAGUGACCCAGCAUCUAGGCAUCCCUCAUUUACGUGCAGUGCUUGGAUGGUCAAUGGGAGCCGCGCAAAGCUUCCAGUGGGCGACACAGUAUCCCGAGUUUAUGGAUUUAGUGGUGCCAUUUUGUGGUUCAGCCAGGACGUCGCUCCAUAACCAGGUAUUCCUUGAGGGCGUGAAAAGUGCACUACUCGCAGCGAAGCACAUUUCUUCAGCGGGGUCUGGAAAUGCCGGUGUUCUCGAAGCCGGUCAGUCUGAUAGAACAUGGAGCGAGAGAGAGAAACAAAUCGGGCUGAAGGCUUUUGGUAGGGGCUAUGCUGGCUGGGGAUUUUCACAAGCAUUCUACCGGGAAAAGCUAUAUGAAAGCGUCCUCGGAUACAAAGAUCUAGAGGAUUUCAUGGUGAGCUUCUGGGAGAGCUGGGCGCUCUCGAAAGACCCAGCCAAUCUCCUGACAAUGCUGCAAACAUGGCAGAAUGGAAAUGUGGCAGAUCAAGAGCCAUACAACGGGGAUUUCGAGAAGGCCAUGGCUUCUAUCAGAGCAAAAGUCUUGGUCUUGCCUGGAAGAACCGACCUAUACUUCCCGCCCGAGGAUUCGGAGUAUGAGGUUGCCUGUAUGGCACCGGGACUUGGUGCUCUCGGCAUUUUCCCCUCGAUUUGGGGUCAUUGGGCUGGUGGUCCGGGAUUGAGUAAGGAUGAUCUCGGCUGGUUGGACAAGAAGUUGAAUGAAUUUUUUCACGGGGAAACCUCUUCUGUCAGAGAAACAUUGGGGGAGAAGCUCAAGUCUAUGACCUUGGGAGGGCACUAGUAAUGAUUAAGGUGGAUCCAAGCAGCAAGUAAUAAGUUAGU